AUGAAUACAGUUAUCAUCUAUUCAAAACCUAAAAAUUCUACAAUAUUAACAGCACACCAAGGAAAGUGUAAGACUGAAACGAAUCGAUCCCAUGGACAUAAAAAUUCAACUUUGAAUAUAAACACGCACGUCAAUAAUAAUAAUAAUAAUAAUAAUAAUAAUAAUAAUAAUAAUAAUAAUAAUAAUAAUAAUAAUAAUAAUAAUAAUAAUAAUAAUAAUAAUAAUAAUAAUAAUAAUAAUAAUAAUAAUAAUAAUAAUAAUAAUAAUAAUAAUAAUAAUAAUAAUAAUAAUAAUAAUAAUAAUAAUAAUAAUAAUAAUAAUAAUAAUAAUAAUAAUAAUAAUAAUAAUAAUAAUAAUAAUAAUAAUAAUAAUAAUAAUAAUAAUAAUAAUAAUAAUAAUAAUAAUAAUAAUAAGUAA